UUGCUGACGCUGCUCUCCCCCCUUCCAGCACCCCUUCAUGGAGCUGCGGGUGCUGGAGAACAACAAACGCUCGCGGAGGAACCUGGGCUUGGACUGCGACGAGCAUUCCACCGAGUCUCGCUGCUGCCGCUACCCGCUGACCGUCGACUUCGAGGCAUUCGGAUGGGACUGGAUCAUCGCCCCCAAGAGGUACAAAGCCAACUACUGCUCGGGGCAGUGCGAGUAUAUGUUCAUGCAGAAAUACCCACACACCCAUUUGGUGCAGCAAGCAAACCCACGCGGCUCGGCCGGGCCGUGCUGCACACCCACCAAGAUGUCCCCCAUCAAUAUGCUCUACUUCAAUGAUAAGCAGCAGAUUAUCUAUGGCAAGAUCCCGGGC